AUGGCUACCUUUAAGAUCACGGAGAAGGGAAUGGAUGUCGAGGUUAAACUAGUCGAGGACUUGACGAAGGAGGAAUUACUUGAGUUCCCAGCUUUCAAGAACUGGCUCACCCGCCUCACCCACUCCCUCUCCCUCCAAGAAUCCAACCCCUCUCACCCCUUCCACAAAUCCCCCUAUGCCCUCAAAUCACUCACAAUCCAAUCCUUCACCCGCUUCCCGCACCCCACCCCGCGCCUCGGCUUCCUCUCCCUAACCGCCUCCCUCCUCAACACCAAAAACGAGUCCCUCCCCGGCUCCAUCUUCCUCCGCGGCCCCUCCGUCGGCAUGCUCUGCCUGCUCUCUCCGCGCGACAACCCCGCCGAAAAAUGGGCCAUCAUGACCAUCCAAGCGCGGCCCGCGGCCGGGUCCCUGGCCUUCUGUGAACUGCCGGCCGGGAUGGUGGAUGGAGGGGGCACGUUUGCGGGGGCGGCGGCGAAGGAGAUUAAGGAGGAGGUGGGGUUUGUGAUUGAGGAGAGGGACUUGGUUAAUUUGAGUGAGUUGGCGGGGCGGAUGGGGGGAGCGGUGGGGAGGGGGGAGGAGGGGCUCGAGUGGGCGAUGUGGCCGAGUGCUGGGGGGUGCGAUGAGUUUAUUCCGUUGUUUUUAUGUGAGAAGAGGGUUGAGAGGGCGGAUUUGGAGACGUGGACGGGGCGGUUGACGGGGUUGAGGGAUGAGGGGGAGAAGAUCACUUUGAAGUUGGUUAAGUUAGAAGAUCUAUGGUGGGAUGGAGCACGGGAUGCGAAGGCGUUGGGAGCUUUGGCUUUGUAUGAUGGUUUGAAGCGGAGUGGAAAGUUAUGA